AUGACGUCGGCGGCGCCGCUUUUUGCCAUCACCGGACGUGGAAAUGAUGUGAAACGCGCACGGGACCUGAUCACCUCCAUUGGCGGUGCUCUCACAAUGAAGGAGCAGGUAGCUGACUACCUCGUCGUCGUGAAGGGGGCAGGCAGACGCAAGGUGGAGUACUACUACCACCAAAACCAUCAGCACGACAAAAGAGACGGUGAUGGCUGUAGUAUAAGAGGCGAACACCCGCCGAGGGGUCGCCUUUUGCUGCUGGACAUGCUAGAGCACUGGAGCACGCAUGGAAGACUGCCGCAGCGUGACGUUAGCGUGGCAGAGCUAGAGGAGAUGCAUUUGUUCAGCGCUGCUGGGGCGGAGCGCGGCCAACGCUCCUACGACGUCCCUGAAGGGUUUUUGAAGCGCCCUCGCGUGAUGUCGGAUCCCAGCGGCAACACGGUGGAUGAGUCAGACAACGCGGUACUUUUAUCCAUGAAACGCGGGGUAGCACCGCAUUUAGUGGCCAUGCCACCACCACCACCACCACCACCACCACCAGCGGCGGCAUCCUCAUCAUUCCGGCCGCAAAACUUUCCCUCCACCAUGCCUCUGGCGGGGCCCGUUGUCUUUAGGAUGCCGCCGCUGCAAAAGGACGCACAACGUCGUGGGCUGCUGCUUGACGACGACAGCCCACCACUGAAAGCUGCAGGAGCCACGACCUUCGACUCGUCAAGCAACAACGGCGUGGUGAACCCCAUGCGGGUCCCAUUUCAGCGGCAGCCCAAACCGGACUGGGAUACAUAUUUUUCCGACCUGCCGGGCGUCAGCGGCAGCGUCAGCAGCAGCGCCGGGCUUCAUCGCAGCGAGAGUGACAGUCAUCGUGCCACCACCACCAGAAGCAACAUGUACAAAAAGACGGGGAAUACAACACACAGCAGUCGUAGCCUACACGUGGACCCACACCACCCGGAUGCCUCCGCCACCGCCACUGCCGCGCUCUCAAACUCCGCGUGCGUUGCAAACGGUCGCACUCCGUCUGCAUCAAAAGCGACGGUGGCGGAAGCCGCAAACGUACUGAACAUCACAAGGCAUAAAAAGAACAGCAUUGAGAUGACGUUUGACUUUGCGAAAAACGGGUCCCGAGGCCCUGCAACGGUGCCACGCUGUGCCAACGGUGGUGACGAAGUGGCCUCGCAUGAGCUGAGUGUGAAGAAGGGGAGUGAAGAGAAGGUGCUGACAGAUGUAGGGAUGUGUGAGCCGCCGCCACCGCUGCCGAAGCAGCAGCCUGUGAACCGGCAACAGAUACAACGCGAACGUUCCCAGCCCAGUUGCCGCGCUCGCGACGCCGCGAGUGGCAAGCCUAGAGAGACUAGAUCUGUGGACCUCCCCAUCUCGCGGCAGCCCAAAGUAAACCGUGACGAGGCAGCGUGCAGGAGGACCGGGGGGAGUGGGGCGCUUGCCAGCGAUGGGACGUUUGGCAUCCCACCGCCGCUGCCUUCUCGCCCACGUGAGUCAGGUGGGAUGCGCUCCACUACCGGAGCGGCAAAAACGAUGCUGGGCCCAGCGGGGCGCAAGUCAGUUUCAGCGGCAUCUCGUUUUGUUAGGCCGUCGGCAAUGUCGACAUUUUUCAAUACCUCCACCGCAGCCAGUGCGGUUGCGACGACGACGACGACGAAUAGUAAACACACGAGCCGCACGGUCCAUUCCAACCCUCUUCUGCAACGCGUUCGGCAAAGUGCUUACUGUAAGGGCAUUUCCGAAGAGAACUGUGUGACGGUGCUGCAGCAGGUUGUGGAUCGCGCGUGCCCUGUAAGCUUUAGCGGCAUAGCUGGUCUUGAGGUGUGCAAGCGCAUUUUGUACGAGGCCAUCAUUCUUCCUGCGAAGUGUCCGCAGCUUUUUACCGGGCUGCGACGACCGUGUUCAGGGUUGCUGCUUUUCGGUCCUCCCGGAAACGGCAAGACACUUCUUGCCAGCGCCGUGGCGAAGGAGUGUGAUACAAUCUUUUUUAGCAUCUCCGCCGCGGCCAUCACCAGCAAGUGGGUUGGGGAGGGUGAAAAGAUGGUGCGGGCGCUUUUCGCCGUCGCACGGGCCCUUGCCCCCAGCACCAUUUUUGUAGACGAAAUUGACGCACUGCUGCAGGCACGCGGAAGCGCCCACGAGGGAGAGGGUUCCCGCCGCAUCAAGACGGAAUUCCUUGUGCAGAUGGAUGGCGCCGGGAACGACAACAGUGAGGCGCGCGUGCUGGUUAUGGGCGCAACGAACCGUCCAUUUGACCUGGACGAGGCGAUUAUCCGGCGAUUUCCAAAGCGCGUGUUUGUGCCGCUGCCGGAUGCCCCUGCGCGUGCACAGAUCCUUCAGUCGCUGCUUGACACGGAAGAGACACCCAACGGUUUCACUCCGGCGAUAUGGCAGCGCAUCGUCGCCGUGACCGAGGGGUACAGUGGGCAUGAUUUGCGGCAGCUCUGUGAAGAGGUGGCGAUGGUUCCUGUGCGUGAACUUCUUGCGGAGAAGCUGCGCAGCGGGGAGGAGCUGACCACGCAGGCGUACCAUCACAACCUGCUGCGGCCCUUAACGUUGCAAGACGUGGAGACCUGCGUGAAGGCACGUCACCCCAGCUGUUGCCCUAAACAGUUAAAAGCUCUGAAUGAGUGGAGUGACACCUACGGCUCCAGGUAG